UCAGCUGCUUCUGCUCCAGCUUGAGCUUCUUGGCUUGCGGCUCCCCCGCUGCCAUCUUCGCGCUGGGCGGCGUGCGGCGCGCUCCGCUCCCCUCGGCCCGCCCGCCAGCCCCGGCCCGCCCCGCCGACCGCGCCGGCCCCACCACCGCCGCCGGGGGGCGGGGGCGCCGGGACGAACGUACGGCCGCGCCGGGCGCCUGACGGGGCGGGGAGCGGAGCCCGCGCCGCCCGCCGUCCCUGCCCAGCCGCGCGCUGCCGCGGCGCCGGCCCGGGUGGGUUUAGCGCCCGGCUCCUGCCGGCUGCCGAAGCCGAGCGGUGCCGACCGGCGGUGAGGGGCGGCCGCGGCGGCGGGGCCGGCGGGCCCGGGGAGGGAGGGGGCCGUGCUCGGGCGCUCGGAGCAGGCAGCGGCCCGGCCGCCCGUGCCUCCGCCGGGGGGCGGCCCCGCGCCGCCGCCGCCGGGCCUCGCCGCCAUCUUGGCCGCUGCCCCGGGAGCGGGACGGGCCGUGCCGGGCCGGGGGAGAAAAUGAUCCACAGCCUGUUUCUUAUAAACUGUUCUGGUGAUAUCUUCUUGGAGAAGCACUGGAAGAGCGUUGUGAGCCAGUCCGUGUGCGAUUACUUCUUUGAAGCUCAGGAGAAAGCAAUCGAUGUUGAGAAUGUGCCUCCUGUCAUCUCCACUCCACAUCACUACCUCAUCAGCAUCUAUCGGGAUAAAAUCUUCUUUGUGUCUGUCAUACAGACAGAAGUGCCACCACUCUUUGUAAUUGAAUUUCUGCACCGAGUAGCAGAUACUUUCCAGGAUUACUUUGGCGAAUGUUCUGAGACGGCAAUUAAGGACAAUGUAGUAAUUGUGUAUGAACUUCUAGAAGAAAUGCUAGACAAUGGCUUUCCACUGGCAACAGAAUCUAACAUACUGAAGGAGCUGAUCAAGCCUCCCACAAUUUUGCGCUCUGUUGUCAACUCCAUCACAGGCAGUAGUAAUGUGGGAGACACACUUCCCACUGGACAGUUAUCCAACAUUCCUUGGCGCAGAGCAGGAGUCAAAUACACGAACAACGAAGCCUAUUUCGAUGUCAUUGAAGAAAUCGAUGCCAUUAUAGACAAAUCAGGUUCCACAGUCUUUGCAGAAAUCCAAGGUGUUAUUGAUUCGUGUAUUAAGCUCUCAGGAAUGCCAGAUCUUUCUCUGUCUUUCAUGAACCCACGGCUGCUGGACGAUGUCAGCUUCCACCCGUGUAUUCGGUUCAAGCGCUGGGAGUCCGAGCGAGUCCUUUCGUUUAUUCCUCCCGAUGGGAAUUUCAGGCUGAUCUCCUACCGCGUCAGUUCCCAGAACUUGGUGGCAAUUCCUGUAUAUGUGAAGCACAUGAUCAGUUUUAAGGAAAAUACUUCUUCAGGAAGAUUUGAUGUUACCAUUGGACCAAAACAGAAUAUGGGGAAAACAGUAGAAGGAGUUGUCAUGACAGUUCACAUGCCAAAGGCCGUACUUAACAUGAACCUCACUGCUACACAAGGCAGCUAUACAUUUGACCCAGUUACUAAAGUGCUAACAUGGGAUGUGGGCAAAAUUACCCCUCAAAAGCUACCAAACCUGAAGGGCAUGGUAAACCUGCAGUCUGGAGCCCCCAAGCCAGAGGAGAACCCAAGUUUAAAUAUCCAGUUUAAGAUACAGCAGCUUGCAAUUUCAGGUGAGUGGGGAGGUGUUACAUGAAAUUGGUGCUAGCAG